AUGUUGACCAACUGGUUCUCGCAACCUGCAGGCAGCGCUCGCUCCUCGACAGAAGAGGCCAGAGUCGGCGACAAUGACGAAGACACACAGGUCGUGGAGCCUGACCAGGGCAAUGUCCUCUCACACAUCAUCUCCCAGCUUCGGCCUGGGGCUGACCUCAGUCGGGUCGUCCUGCCUACCUUCAUCCUUGAGCCUCGGAGCAUGCUAGAGAGGAUAACAAACUUCAUGUGCCACCCAGAAAUGCUCCUUCACAUCCCCACGAUGGACGACCCGACCGAGCGCUUCGUCUCCGUCGUCAAGUUCUACCUCAGUGGCUGGCACAUUCGCCCUCCUGGUGUAAAGAAGCCGCUCAACCCUAUCCUCGGCGAGAUAUUCACCUGCUACUGGGACCUCGACGACAAGACUCGAGCAUACUACAUCUCCGAACAGACCUCCCACCACCCGCCCAAGUCGAGCUACUUCUACAUGGCCCCGGAACAUCACAUUCGCAUCGAUGGCACCCUGAAGCCCCGAAGCCGGUUCCUUGGCAAUUCUGCGGCGAGUCUCAUGGAGGGGAUUGCCUUCCUGAACUUGCUGAACAGGGGCAAGGACCCCGCAAAGGGAGAGCGAUACAUCUUGACGCAACCAAACAUGUACGCGCGCGGCAUCCUGUUCGGCAAAAUGAAGUAUGAGCUUGGAGACCACAGCUUUGUGCGAUGUCCGGAGCUUGACCUGACGGCCGAUGUCGACUUCAAGACGAAGGGCUGGGUCGGCGGGACGUACAACGCCAUCGGGGGUGCCAUCAAGCGAGAGAGCACCGGCGAGGUUCUCUAUGAGCUGUCGGGCUUGUGGAGUGAAGAAAUGUUCAUCAAAGAUGUGGCGACUGGUCACAAGGAGAUGUUCUUCAACGCCACGAAAGCAAAGCCGAGCGCCCCGCAAGUCCGCCCCAUUCCCGAGCAAGACGAGCGCGAGUCGCAGAGGCUGUGGGAGAAGACCGCCAAAGCCGUCAAGGAGCGCAACCACGAGGUCGCGACCGACGAGAAGACCAAGAUCGAGGACCGCCAACGCGAGGAGGCUGCUAGCCGCGCGCAAGACGACGUCGAGUGGCACCCUCGGCUGUUCAGGAGGGUCCAGGGAGGGCCCGGAGGACUGGAGGAGGGCGAAGAGGAUCUCGAGUGGAUCAUCAACGCGACCGUAGACUCGACGGCACCACCGGAGAAGCAGACCGAGCAAAUCUUGGCCAUUUACCCCAUUGUAGACGGCCAGGAGUUGGACAAGAGCAACGCAAUCCCGCCGCACAAGGGCGCGAAGCCGACCGCGAACGACGUCCAGCCAAAUGCCAACGCGGAAGAGAGCCUGAUUGACUUUGGCGACCAAGCGCCGGCCCCGCAAGAGCCGCCGACGAAGAACAACGAGAUCACGGACCUGCUUACCUCGACGGGCAAGCCCUCGGAGGGACCUUUACUAGACUUUACCGACGACUUGAAGAAGGACCUGCCCGCAAGGUAA